AAUAUAUCAGUGUAGUUGACAUGCUCCCUCUGGCUGAUCUCCAACACACAGAGCCAAAGAACAUGUUCAACAAGGAUCCCCUGCUACUUGCCCUCCAAGCCUGACAACUCCAAAGAACUCAGGAGCAGUUAGGUGAGUUAUGCAGGCUAUGUCACACAUUUAUUGCAGUAUGUGUAUGGUAAAAGUGUUACAAGCCUAUAUAUCUGUGCUUUAAAUAUGUGCUGUAGUAGUAACAACACACAUUUUAAAAGGUAAUUUACAGUGGUGUAAAGUAUUUAAGUAAAAAUGCUUGAAAGUAUUACUUAAGUAGUUUUUUGGAGUAUCUGUACUUUACUUGAGUAUUUAUAUUUUUGACAACUUUUAUUUUUACUUCACUACAUUCCUAAAGAAAAUGAUGUACUUUUUACUCCAUACAUUUUCCCUGACACCCAAAAGUACUAGUUACAUGUUGAAUGCUCAGCAGGACAGCAAAAUAUUAUAAUUAUCAAGAGAACAUCCCUAGUCAUCCCUACUGCCUCUGAUCUGGCGGACUCACUUCACACAUGCUUCGUUUGCAAAUUAUGUCUGAGUGAUAGAGCGUGCCCCUGGCUAUUUGUAAAUUUAAAAAACAAGAAAAUGGUGCCUUCUGGUUUGCUUAAUAUAAGGAAUUUGAAAUGAUUUAUACUUUUACUUUUGAUACUUAAGUAUAUUUCAAAACCAAAUACUUUUAGACUUUUAUUCAAAUAGUAUUUUACUGGGUGACUUUCACUUUUACUUGAGUCUGACAAUUGGGUACUUUUUCCACCACUGGUAAUUUAGCCAUAAGUUAUUUCUGACAAUUACUGCUAGUCACAUAUGUCCAAAUAUACUUUUUUACUCUGACUAUAAAUAGCAUUGAUGCACAGCAUGAGAAAUACUUGCUAUCAUAUCAUCCAAAUUAACCAAGAUACACUAUAUACACAAAAGUAUGUGGACACCCCUUCAAAUUUGUGGAUUCGGCUAUUUCAGCCACACCAGUUGCUGACAGGUGUAUAAAAUCGAGCACACAGCCAUGCAAUCUCCAAACAUUGCCAGUAGAAUGGCCUUAUUAAAGAGCUCAGUGACUUUCAACGUGGCAAAGUCAUGGGAUGCCACCUUUCGGGGCCGCCAAGUGCUGAAGUGCGUAGCGUGUAAAAAAUCGUCUGUCCUCGAUUGCAACACUCACCACCGAUUUCCAAACUGCCUCUGGAAUCAACGUCAGCACAAUAACUGUUCGUCUGGAGCUUCAUGAAAUGGGUUUCCAUAGCCGAGCAGCCACACACAAGCCUAAGAUCACCAUGCGCAAUGCUAAGCAUCGGCUGGAGUAGUGUAAAGCUUGCAGCCAUUGGACUCUGGAGCAGUGGAAACGCGUUUUCUGGAGUGAUGAAUCCCAUUUCACCAUCUGGCAGCCCGACGGACAAAUCUGGGUUUGGCGGAUGCCAGAAGAACGCUACCUGCCCCAAUGCAUAGUGCCAACUGUAAAGUUUGGUGGAGGAGGAAUAAUGGUCUGGGGCUGUUUUUCAUCGUUUGGGCUAGGCCCCUUAAUUCCAGUGAAAGGAAAUCUUAACGCUACAGCAUACAAUUACAUUCUAGAUGAUUCUGUGCUUCCAACUUUGUGGCAACAGUUUGGAGAAGGCCCUUUCCUGUCUCAGCAUGACAAUGCCCCCAUGCACAAAGCGAGGUCCAUACAGAAAUGGUUUGUCGAGAUUGGUGUGGAAGAACUUGCCUAGCCAGGUCCAACAUCUAGUGGAAAGCCUUCCCAGAAGAGUGGAGGCUGUUAUAGCAGCAAAGGGGGGACCAACUCCAUAUUAAUGUCCGUGAUUUUGGAAUGACAUGUUCGACAAGCAGGUGUCCACAUACUUUUGGUCAUGUAGUAUAUUAUCUUCUGAUUGUUUCCACUGUGCCUCUGUUUCCUAUGUUCUCUUCUCAGCAGAGGGACUAUUGGCUACUACAGUUUUACUAAUAUGGCCUAUUAUUUAAUAGGGUGUGUAUUUAUUUUGGAUAGGGAUGGGGGUGGAGGGGGGUUGACCAGAAAGACUUGACUACUGGAAUUCUUAUCAUUUUGGUUGUUAUCAGUAAAAAGAAAAACCUUUCCAAUGGGGCAACCUCAGAGCAGGCUCAACAUGCGCGACUGCUCAAGUCACUUGCGCCGGGCAAUAGGGCAACCCUUAAUGUCAAUCCCUGCUACUCCAGUUUACUACGGAGCCCACUCCAUAAUGUGAAGCUAUGGAAUACUGGAUAGGCUAGAUAGAAACCUGGAAAAGCUGAAUUUGAUCAGAAUUCCCCAGUACAUUGGGUUAUGGGUGAAAGCCAAACAAGUGGACCUUCACAUUGUGUAACAUAAGUAUUGAUUUAGAAAGAGGAAAGAAAGGGUAGUAUGGAGAGUUGUGCAGAGCACGAGAAACAGAGUCUGUCCUCAACUUCCCCAUUCAACUGUGUGUGUCCUGGUCCAGAUAGCGUUGUGGCCGUUAGUAGGAAGUUACAACACACACACACACACACACACACACACACACACACACACACACACACACACACACACACACACACACACACACACACACACACACACACACACACACACACACACACACACACACACACACACACAGACACAGACACAGACACAGACACAGACACAGACACACACACAGACACAGACACACACAGACACAGACACACACACACACACACACACAGAGACACACACACACACACACAGAGACACACACACACACACACACACACACACAGGGACAAUGGCUUCACUGGCCAGCAAUAGUAGGAAGUAUGCGUCUCGAUAUGACUUGAUGAAUAGCUACUGUAUGUUGUCUGUCUGUCUGUCUUCAGAGCUUGAACCCAUUGGAGUGCCACUAUGGGGAAUGUGAUGGGGGAAAAUAGGAACGAAACAAAUGCAAACUACCAUGACAGUGCACUAAAGGGUAAUUAUUUGCUAUAUCAUAAUGUAAAUAUAAUGUGAUGAGGCUUUAACAGAUAUGAUGAUCACACUACAAUACUAGGAUUUCAGUCAACAUACUCUUUACCAAAGUGUCUACAUGUUUGAUAUCGUUCACUUGGAAGUCAAUUAGAAGUAAAAUACAAUUAUUUCCCUUGUGUCGCUAAAUGAUGCCUCUGCUAAUGUUAAUGUUGAUCUAAUUGUGAAACAUCGGUGGUUCCUGAGCAGGAGAAGACGACACACUUGUCGUUCUCCAUGACUAUCCUUUUCCAGACAUCAGUGAGCCGAUCUUCAGGAUGGGAGAGAAGCUGAGGGUCUUGUCUCAGUAAGUACAGUCGACACUUUGUCUGUCUGUGAGAGCAAUUACUGUAUAAACCCGUAGUCUGCACAUACAUGUACUAAAGCUUCCUAGAGCAGAAAUUGAUAGAUGCACAGUUACAGACCACAGGAGGUUGGUGGCACCUUAAUUGGGGAGAAUGGGCUAGUGGUAAUAACUGGAGCAGAAUUACUGGAAUGGAAUCAAAUACAUGGUUUCCAGGUGUUUGAUGCCAUUCCAUUUUCUCCAUUCCGGAUACUAUUAUGAGCCGUUGUCCCCUCAGCAGCCUCCUGUGUUAUAGACAGAGAUACCAAGAUGACACAGGACAACACAGAAAAACUCCCAGCCAGCCACAGUGCAAACCAAAAUACAAUACAAAGCCAUGCAAGCUAGCUUACAUCAGUGCGACAUUACUAUACAAAACUGUGCAAGCAAUAACAUGCACGAUAGAGAAUGAACACAUUGGGGGAAAUUAGAUGCAUAGCAUUAUUGUCUUGCAGCUUUAAUACAAUAUGGAGAACUACAAUUUCAGAGUUUGUUCAGUCACAGUUCCGCUUUUAAUGUGUGCGUGUUCUUUAGGGAAGGUAACUGGUGGAGAGUCCGGUCUGGCCAAUCAGGAAGGGAGAACUACAUCCCUAAUAACCAUGUCGCCAAAGUCUACCAUGGGUAAGCACUGCUGUCUCCCACUGCAUAACAUUCAGUCUACCAAGAAUCAUAUAGAGUCUAAAAUGUUUCUUCCUAAAGACCAUCGUAAGUGUCAAUAGAAUUAAAUAAUAAAUUAGUUCAUCCCAAUCAGAAAAACUAUCACAUCAUAUCAUAAUAUAUCAUAUGCCUACUGUAUAUCAUACAGUAUGUAAAUGUGUGUUCUAAGAUGGCUGUUUGAGGGAGUGGCAAGGCAGAAGGCAGAGGAGUUACUUCGUCUCCCUGGAAACAGAGUGGGAUCCUUCAUGAUCAGAGAGAGCACCCAGCAGAGAGGUGAGUCCAUUACUUUUUCAAGCCCUACCAAGUUAUACAGGAAGUCGGUAAGAUGAGAGGACAUGGGUAUCUAUCAGGAUCUAUCUAGGCCUACAGAUGUAGGAUCUUCAUUUGAUCACCCUGUUGCAGGAUAACUUUCAAACUUGUAGUGUAUUUGAGGUUAAAAAAGGAUUCCGUAGUUUGUCAUUUCCACUUUGACAUUUUAGACUUGAUUUUCCCUUACGAACAAUGUAUCAACCCCUACAAAAAUGUCCAUUAAUUAUAAUCCACAUAAUCAUUCAUAUUUCCUGUUGCUGCAGUAUUAUUUCCUGCUGUAGCAAACUGGCUCAAAUUAAGAUAUUACAUCUAUAAGGACACAGGAUGAGACCCAGAUGCAGACACAGGAGUCAGAUGGUUAGAGUCUCCGAUAUUUAUUAAAAUACUAGGGGCAGGCAAGAGGCAGGUCGAGGACAGGCAGAAGUUCGUAAACCAGGUCUGAUUCCAAAAGGUACAGGGCGGCAGGCGGGCUCAGUGUCAGGGCAGGCAGAAAAGGUCGGAACCGGGAGGACUAGAAAAAAAACAGGCAUACGGAACAACACGCUGAUAGAUUUGACGAGACAAGACAAACUGGCAACAGGCAGACAGAAAACACUGGAAUAAAUACAUAGGGGAUAAUGGGAACAAAUGGGAGACACCUGGUGGGGGGUGGAGAUAAGCACAAGACAGGUGAAACAGAUCAGGGUGUGACAACGUCUGUGUAUUAUAUGUGCAGGUGUCUACUCCAUGUCUGUAAAGCACAGAUCCAUCGAGCACUAUAAAAUCUAUCGCUUGGAAAACAGCUGGUACUAUAUCUCUCCUCGUCUGACCUUCCAGUGCCUGGAAGAGAUGGUCAACCACUACUCUGGUGAGUCUAAAAACAGAGACAGACACACUGAAAAUAACCUCAAGCAUUUUCAAAUCGCUUUCUUCUUAUCAGAUGCUUGCUAUCGUUCCGCUGUGCUUUGGCCUAGAGUACACACUGAGAACAAAAGAGGAAGUGAUGGUUUUGUUGCUGAUGACCAUUUGGACAUAUUUUUUUACUGAGGCUAGGUCUUUCAUAUUGACUGUAACAUGAAUGUUUUCAAAUGGCAGGUGUGUGUGUGUGUGUGUGUGUGUGUGUGUGUGUGUGUGUGUGUGGUUAUGUUCAUGUCACGAGCGUUUGUACAUUUCAGUACAUAGUGUAUGUGGAUGGGUAUAUGUCUGUGUCUAACACAGGGGAUGUCUAUAUGUCUGUGUCUAACACAGGGAAUAUCUGUGUCUAACACAGUCCAUCUCUGAUCUCCUAGAUUCUGCAGAUGGGCUGUGCUGUGUUCUCACUGGCCCGUGUCUCUGUGGGAACGCCAACCUCCUCGACACCACCCCUCAGCCACCCCCUGUAGUGAUGCGCCGCAACAACUUUGACUGGAAGAAAGUAGACCGGUACGGACUCGUAGUUCAGUAGUUUAUAGUAUCAUUCGUUCUAGCUCUCAGGUCUCUACAAUCAAAUUGUAGUCCUGCUUUUGACUUGGCCAAUGGAAAACAUGGCAGAUGUGACUGCAUCCUGAAUCCUGAUGAUGAUUGGCUCAAACAUGUUCUAAUCACCUCUCUCGCUCUGUCUGUCCGUCUCUCUCAACAGCAAAGAUCUGAUCAGUGCAGGGGCUCCCCAGGGGCAGCAGAACAGGGACAACAUGGUGAGCUAUGGAGUCAGGAACAGCAUCGCCUCUUACCUCUCUCUGGCCGGGGCUCAGGACCCAAGACAGCAGAAGAAGAAAAGCAAAAAGAAGAGUAAAUCUGUCUACAUCCCCUCCCACAGUCUCAGCCAUCUGGACCUGGAGGAGGACUAUGAAACGUAGUGGCCUGGGUGGUGCAGCGCUAAGUGCAUAGGCCAGUGGUUCUCAAACCUCUCUUCAGGGACCCCCAGACGUUCCAUGUAUUUGAUCUAUUCC